AUGGACUAUAUUCUCAUUAUUCUGCCCAUAUUAACGCACAGUAAGCUACAAGUCAAAGAGAGUAAGAAACAAGACCUUAAAGGCAUUGGAAUGAUGAAAGUCAAGAUAAAGAGAAUGAUGACUUUCACUUGUCUGGAUUUUCUCAAUAAAAAAAAAAGCAUAUGGAUACUCCUACUGAGAACGAGAUGUUUCAAGAAGACAGAAAUUCCAGAGUUUGUAUUGGAAAUAACAGUUCCUGAAGCAACUACCAGCAAUCCAGCCACUACCAGCAAUCCAACCACUACCAGCAAUCCAGCCACUACUAGCAAUCCAGCCACUACCAGAAAUCCAGCCACUACUAGCAAUGCAGCCACAACCAGCAAUCCAGCCACUACCAGCAAUCCACUGAAUCCAGCAACUACCAGCAAUCCAGCCACUACCAGUAAUCGACUGAAUCCAGCAACUACUAGCAAUCCACUGAAUCCAGCCACCACCAGCAAUCCAGCCAACACCAGCAAUCCAGCAACUACCAGCAAUUCAGCCACUACCAGCAAUCCAGCCACAACCAGCAAUCCAGCCACUACCAGCAAUCCAGCCACUACCAGCAAUCCAGCCACUACCAGCAAUCCAGCCACUACCAGCAAUCCACUGAAUCCAGCCACUACCAGCAAUCCAGCCACUACCAGCAAUCCAGCCACUACCAGCAAUCCAGCAACUACCAGCAAUCCACUGAAUCAAGCAACUACCAGCAAUCCACUGAAUCCAGCCACUACCAGCAAUCCAGCAACCACCAGCAAUCAAGUCACUACCAGCAAUCCAGCCACUACCAGCAAUCCACUGAAUCCAGCCACUACCAGCAAUCCAGCCACUCCGCAAUCCAGUCACUAUGAGCAAUCCAGCCACUACCAGCAAUCCACUGAAUCCAGCAACUACCAGAAAUCCACUGAAUCCAGCCACCACCAGAAAUCCAGGCACUACCAGUAA